CAAGAUGAGGAUAGCAGUUCUGCUGUUUGCUGUCGGGUUUUGUGUGUUGAACACGGUCACAUCUCUGAAAAUCUGCGCUUUCAAUGUUCAGAGCUUUGGUGAAUCGAAGGCACACAACAAGAAGGUUAUGGGGAUUCUAUUAAAGAUUCUCUCUCGGUGUGACUUGUGUCUUAUUCAGGAAGUCCGGGACUCCAAAGGAGAAGCAAUCCGAGCUUUGUUGAAUGAUCUUAACGGAUAUGAAAAGUCCAAUUCUUACUCCUAUGUGGCGAGUGAAAGGCUUGGCAGAAAGACCUACAAGGAGCAGUAUGUCUUCAUUUACAGGAAGAAUAUGUUAGAGGUCAAAGAGCAUUAUCAGUAUCCCAAACCAGCAGGAGAAGGACACAAUGAUACUGAUGUUUUCUCCAGAGAGCCUUUCAUUGUUCGAUUUCACUCUCCUACCACAUUGGUGAAGGAUUUUGUCCUUAUCGGGCAGCACACUUGUCCCAGAAAUGCCAUGAAGGAGAUGGACCAGCUCUAUACUGUCUUCAAAGGAGUUCACCAGAAGUGGAAGACUGAUAAUGUGAUGAUCUUAGGGGACCUUAAUGCUGACUGCAGCUACGUCACCAUCAAGGGCUGGAGAGCUGUGCGCCUGAGGAGUGACCCAAGAUUUCGCUGGCUGAUAGGCGAUGAACAGGACACCACUGUCCGUGAGAAAACACACUGUGCUUAUGACAGGAUCAUUGUCCAUGGACGUGAGAUUAUUUCCAGUAUAGUGCCAGGUUCAGCUCAACCAUUCAACUUCAAAGAGAAUUUCCAUCUCACCGAGGAGGAGGCUCUGGAGGUGAGUGACCAUUUUCCUGUUGAAGUUGACCUGAAGCCAAACCAUCGCUACCUCCUCCGCAAUGAGCUGUAGUCCUUUGAGGACGACCAUCAGAACACCAGGAUUAAGGAUUUUAACUGAAGUUUUACUUUAUUUAAGCUUUUAAAAUAAAUCAAAGUAACUAAAAGAA